GUCGGCCAACGGGGAAAAAAAAAGCUUUCACGCGCCAGAGCCUUCGUGAAAACGGUCGGCUCACCGCAAGUUCGCUGCCAAAUGGCACAACCCCUCUUCUCCGUCUUAUCAUUUUCUAAUUCCGUCGUCGCCCAGUUCCACUGUCGCCUCGCAACAACCAACCUGCCUGCCACGCAGCACAGCACAGUGCACGGGGCAAAAUUGGGAAGCCACCAUGUCGCAGUCAGUGUUGCUGCCUCCGUUCUUGUCCAAUGACCCCAUGGAAGGCGACCCACCCUGCAGCUGGUCAGACUUCUUGGAGCCCAAGCUUCGUUGCUUUCCUAGACCCGAUGAUGCCAAACUUCCCCAUCUUGAGUGUCUGGGAAACGGAAUUGAAGGUUUGGUUGCGAAACUGCAGUUUGACGACGGCGGUCAGGUCUUCGCGCUGAAGAUUUUCUUCGAUUCCGAGCCAAUUGACCAAUCGAGCAUGGAAGCACGCGUCAAAACUAUCUGGUCCCUUGAACGUGAGGCCCGCACCGUAGCCAUCCUCGAGAAGGUGUGUGCCGGGCUCCGUCAAUCGUCUCCGUUGCCCAUCAACGUCCUAGCCCACAAAAGGUCGCCGGACGACGCCAUAGAAUACCUCCCUUCUCUGCUGAAGGGCGACGGGAUCGAGUCUUCGACGCGCUGCCCUGGCAUCAGAGAGUCCCGCGCAGCCGAGAUUGCAUAUCUGAACCGUAGCGCCGCCAUCCCCGGUUGGGACCGCAAAGACUACCGCGAUCACCGGGGCUCUUUGGAAUUCCAUCGCGAGGCGGGCCAUUUUGCCCUGGUUUAUGAGUACAUCCCGGCUGCAAAGACCGAGAUGGAUCCUGUGAAACGCCAGCUUGACUUCUUCAGCCAGAUAGGCUUCGGCCGUUGCCAACCCAUGAAUCCAUGUAAUUGGCAGGGUCCAGGCUUCUUGAUCGACUUCGGCGAUUACAACACUCCCAUUGACGAGUGGUUUUCUAAGAUCAACUACAGGGCCCAUCGCGAGGACCCCGAGGCCAUAGUCGAUCCAACAGCUUACGAUCGCCGAAUGGACGAGUUGUGGGAAGCCGAGAAGGAAAGGAACGGCGGCAAAGGUGACUUGUUGACCGACGACGACGGCCAAAAGAUAUCACACACCUGGAUGCCCCCGAAACAAAGCCCAGGAAACUGA